AUGUCGUCUGCUCAUCCCCAUAUCGUAGGCGCCGUCACAGACGCGAGCCCUCUUUCUCCGGAGGACGACGACGACGACAUAUGUCCGGUCUGCGAGAGCGAAUGCACCUGUCAGAACAGAGCUGCUCCCACUCAGAGCAGCACAAACAACGCAUCCAUAGCUUCGGCUCGCUCUACGCUUACUUCGAACGCCUCUACCGCGAGCGGCUCAGCGACGACUACUUCCUUAAAAAUCAAGUUGACCCUUCCCCCCAGUCUAAAAUUCGGCAGGCGGGCGACCACAGGUCCUGUCGGGACAGGCGUCAGCGGAGUGCAGCAACGCACGCUGCUAAGCUCGUCUCCACCCAACCCGUACGAUGGUCCAGCGAGUUCCGUUUUUACAGGCACCAAUGCCCAUCUUUUGGCGGCCAGUGUCCUGAAUCGCACUGCUCCCAAACGCAGAGGCCGCCCUCCCAAGGCGAUCGCUGCCUCACGAGAAGAAGCAAAAGCACCGUUAUUAGCGUCGCGUCAAGGCUCGAUAAAUGGAAUCGCAGAGUCAGACGACACUCACGGCUCUUCCUCGUAUCGCGGUGGAAAGGCAGGAAAGGGCAAGCAAGUUGGCACGCACCUCGCGGCGAAGAAGAACCUUGCGGUUAUAAGAAGCGGCCAGAAGCACAAGGGCAAAACCACGAUCGGCCGUAAAGCGUCUGCUCCGAAGUAUGUCAAGAACCCGAUCAAGUCAUUCAGCGAUGAUGCGCAUUCCGAGAGGUUCCCAACAUUCGUCUCUGCCGCAUCAACGUCGUCGCAUACAAGUUCAUCAGAUUCGUCUGGUAGCGACUCGGACCUGUCUUCUCUGGACUCGGAGGUUCACGAAGAGACACUGUCAUUGCGACGCGGUGAGUUCACGAAGGGCGAAAACAGACGAGUUUCGAACGAGGGGAAAAGACAUGAUCAUGCGAGUAGCAGUUGGGAGAUUCGGCCGAGACAGAGCAGUGUGGGACUGGACGAAGAGGACGCUGAUAUUGAUAGCAGCGCAAGCAGCGGUGACCAUGAAGACAGCGAGACCGACAGUGAAAGUGAUGUUGCUGACGAUGCGGAUGAGGAUGCGGACACAGAGGGUGGUGGAUUGGAGGAUGUCGACGACGACGAUACAAGCAGCCGAAUCGGGGUGACUUUCGGCGACGGAGGACCCGGCUGGAGCGAUGAUGAAGAGUCGUCUCUCGAUGCCGAUCUGUUCUUCGCCAAUUUGGAUGAUUCGUCUUCCGAAUCUGAGUCCUCGCCGGGGAUGCAUGUCCACGAUCCAUUUGACCCCUGGUCGGAUUCCGAGCCUGCAAGUUCGAUGUCCGCUGAUGAGGAGGACGCUCUGUUUCUCAUGGACAUCGAUCCGUCCGUGCAAGUGCGUCGGGCGCCGGGCGAGUUCGAGUUCGGCUUGGAGCUCGACGGUCUCUCUUUUGGCUGGGAUGGCCACAUCCCCAUGAGCAAUACCACAUCGCAGAACCUCUUCGAUCUCGGUCUCGGACUACAAGCAGCUGACGGGGACGUGGAUAUGCAAAACAGCCGAGAAGAUGACACUCAGUCUGAGUCGGGCGGCUCCGAGACAGUGGACGACAUGCUUCUGAAGGAAACAGACGGUGAGACCACCGAGGAUGAGCUUGUCGACUCGGACGGUUUGCCUAAUUCCCGUGCGAUGAUGCUGUUCCGCUGGCCGACUACUGUCUCGGCUAUCGACCCUCUCUCCACAGUCGGUACCAUUCCCAGCUCUCCGGAGCUGCCCCCAAAUGCCUCAGAAAGUGUCCGUAUCGCUCUUGCGUCCUUUCCGGCCAAGCAGACGGCCUCUGCGCCUACUCCCGCAGACAUCCUCUCUGGCAGGAUUUCAUUAGAGGAUUUGGAGGAUAUGGAGAUGGAGAAGUCUGCAGGAAGGUCUUAUACGCCGUUUAGGAAACAUGCCAGUGGUGCCCCUGCGAUGGGAGAAUUCAAUCCUGUAGCGCAUAGCGAGCAUGCUUCCGCUGUCAUCGACGGGAAAGGGGGAUGCGUCCCGAGCCCAUUUCCAAGGUCACAAGCACUUGCCAAGCGCCGCAGGAAGCGUCUCGAAGCGGAUUGUAAUGGGUCUGGUUCUGGCGCUGUUGAUCCGCCCUCUGAGUCGGCUCUCUCAUCAACCCAAUCCUCUGAUGAGACGUUUACUCAGUCACAAGUGCCGACGUCAGAGGCUCCGUCCACUGAUGCGAUCGACCUUGACGACGUGCUGGAUCCGUCCUUCCUCGACCCUGAGCCGAUCGGUUAUGAGCACGAUACCCAGUCAUUUGGUCAACUGGCGAUGGCCAGCAGCGUCGGGAACGGUGCUUUGAUUCGGAAUUUGAGCCGCUGGGACCGCAUUCCAAUGGCGACUUUCCGACGCACUCGUGAAAGUGCCAUCGCUUCCAACAUGGAAGGCUCUGCUUCCGAUACUGGACUCAGUGUGUUUGGUGGCAUGAGCUCGCUCAGCGCUAUGCUCGCGCAAUCCAAGCCGAACGACAAGAAAUCCCGCAGGCACUCCAAGAGCAAAAGCACAGUCCAAAAUGAUCUCCUGACGCGUGACGGAGAUCGUACGCCGACCCCCUCUUCUGGUCAUCAAGCGUACAAAGCGUCAAAGAAGGAACUACGCAGGGAAAAAGCAAUGAUGAAACGCAAGAUGAUGGCAAAGCCGGCUCAGUACCGCCACCAGCAGCCUCAUCGCACGCAUCAUCACCAUCCCAACCACAAAUCUCGUGCUGCGAGUUCCAUGCAACGCGGCAGUGGAAACUCCUCUGGGCCGUCUUUUGGCUUAUGA